CCUCGUACUUUACGUGGCAGCAGACAGACAGUUAUAGAAGCAGGCAGACAGGCUGUGUGUCUCACCACUCCCACACACACACACACACACACACACACACACUCAGAGAGACAGACGGUGUGUGCAGACUCUGUUCGGUGUGUAGCGGACCCUGGCCCGGCUGUGUGGUUUGGCCAUGCGGGGGAGACGAUGGGGGAAGAGGCAAGAGUUUCUCCGCUCAAGAACUUCGUGGCUGGGGGGGUCGCCGGAGCCUGUCUGCUGCUGGCCGGACACCCUCUGGACACCAUCAAGGUGAGGCUACAGACGCAGCCCAAAGCCCCCAGCGCUCAGUAUGUGCUCUACACAGGAGCGUAUGACUGCUUCCGCAAGACCGUAUCCAAAGAGGGUGUCCUCGGCCUCUAUAAAGGUAUGGGGGCUCCCCUGGCAGGCGUGGCUCCGAUGAUGGCCAUCAGUUUCUUUGGGUUCGGUCUGGGUAAACAGCUCCAGCAGACAGACCCUAACAAACCCCUAACGCACACUCAGAUAUUCCUGUCUGGCUGUCUGGGCGGAGUCUUCACGACUGUGAUUGUGACUCCAGGAGAGAGGAUCAAAUGUUUACUGCAGGUGCAGGCUAGCGGUGGGAAGUCGAGGUAUGCGGGUCCACUUGACUGUGCAGUCCGGCUCUAUAAGGCGCAGGGGAUCCGCAGUGUCUACAAAGGCACGGUGCUAACGCUCAUCAGAGACGUGCCUUCUAAUGGUCUCUACUUCCUGACAUAUGAAUACCUCAAAAACGUCCUGACACCUGAGGGUCAAAGCGUUUCUCAGCUCAGCACUCCCAAGAUCCUCCUGGCCGGUGGCAUCGCCGGGAUUUUAAACUGGACGAUCGCUCUUCCUCCAGAUGUCCUCAAAUCCAACUUCCAGACAGCUCCAGAUGGGAAGUACAGAGGUUUGCUGGACGUCCUGAGAACGCUGCUCCGAGAGGAAGGACCUAGAUCCCUCUACAAAGGCUUCAAUGCCGUCUUUCUACGAGCCUUUCCUGCCAACGCGGCCUGUUUCUUGGGCUUUGAAAUGGCAUUAAAGGGAUUGAACACGCUCGCGCCCAGCUGGUGAAGAAUUCAGUUUGUUGUGAAGAGGCCACCAGUCUGCACCAGCGUCUCGUGGAAACAAAGUCACAUUUUAUGACGUUGAAAUGUGAUGAAUUAUUGUUUUUCUUAAACGUAAUUUAACAUUUUAUUUGACAAAAUAUUUUUCUUGAUUGUUAUUCUUCGUAAUGAAGAUUUUACGCUCACUUCUUGUGAGCAAUGGUACAACAUAAACGCACACUUAUGAAUGUAUUAUUUUGAGACAAAGCGUAAUUAUGCCUUUUCUCACUUUUCAAGUUUGUUUUUAUGUUUUUAAUUUAUAAACUCUGCCAGAAGAAGGCUCGGGGAGUUUUGUAAUCUUUGUGAUUCAAGUGUUAUAAAUUAUAAUAAAGUGUUUUGGAAUUUGCCAUACAAA